UUUGAAACAUUUUAUUAUGCGUUGAUAUAUUCUAAUGCAAAUAAUCAUUCAAACUUUAUGGCAUGUACUUCAAGGGAGAGAUAGAGCAAUAUCAUGAAGUAUACAGAGUGAACAGUUGACACCGUGUAUUAACGCAAACAUACAGUGAUAGGAUAUAGGAUACAUUUACAUUGCGUGAUGGCGAAGCUCGCACUAAAUGAGUGGAAAUACGUGAUCGGUAUUGUAAUAUUAGCCACUUUGCUGAUGACAUAUAUGUUCACAGAUACUUCAGUAUACAACUUCCAUAUUCGACUACUUCCGGCAUCAGCGGUAACACGGGAACCAGAGUUGAGUUUAAAGCAUUUCUCUUAUGACGUGAGUAACCCACGUGAUGCAAGGUUUUAUAACAUUAUACUGGAAGAAGAAGCUCUCAAAAUUAAACCAUGCACGGAUGAAAAUCUAUUGGCAUCGAUAAAGCAUUCCUCUCUGUCUUUUACAGAAUAUAAAGACCAACCAUACAAUAUUGGUGAUGAAAUCACCAUUCUUGUUACAAUGAAGGAUGGAUAUGGUAAACGAAUAAUGUUUGGAGGAGAUCAUUUGAGAGCAACGAUAGAGAACAAACAAUUGCAAGCAUCCGCUCCCUGUGUGGUCACCGACAAUAUGAAUGGUACUCAUUCUGUGACAUGUGAAGCAUUUUGGUCAGGAACGUCUUCAAUAAUCGUAGUUCUUGCUUAUCCAAGAGAAAUAAUUGCGACAAAUUACCGUAUAAGGACUCAGGUAGGUGUCUAAUAGUAGCAAUAUGAUAUUUUUGAUGUAGGGAAUG